UUUGAUUCUAGUGGUGGGGACAGGUGGACAGCAAAAGAGUAAGCACGUGAGCUGACGAUACUGAAGGGAAAUAGAGCAGAGGGAGGAGGCGGAGACAGAGCCAAGUGGGCCCAAGUGCGAUGUCGGCGGGAGGUGGGGAAUGCUGGUGGGUCUGAGGGGAGCCUUAGCAGGUGCAGCAGAGCAAGGGAAGAGGUGAGUGGGGGCGGCUGGGGGGCCGACUCCUGGGAAGCUGUUGCAGAACCCCACAGAGAGCUGGUGAGGUUUGCCGUGGUUGUGGGUGACUCGGUGCUUUGAGCCCUGGCUGCCCCUGGGAACCAUCUGGAGAGCUUCUAACCCAACCAGGCCCCUCCCUGGGACAGUUAUAUCACAGCUGGUAAGCCGAGUCUAACACUUACACGGAAACGCAGAAGAUCUGAAACAGCAAGAUGACCGUGAAGAAGAACAGAGCUGGAGGACUCACCUCGCUGCUUUCAAGACUCCUCCAAAGCUGCAGGAGUGGAGCUGGAGACGGCCCAGCUCAGGCACGGGCCUGCAGGCCAUGGAGAAGGCAGCAAGCUCAAGCUGACCCACACGCAUGUGGUCGUUGUUUUUUUUUUCAGUUGGAAUCUCACUCUGUCACCCAGGUUGGAGUGCAGUGGCACCAUCUCGGCUCAGUGCAGCCCCCGCCCCUGGGUUCUAGCGAUUCUCCCGCCUCAGCCUCCCGAGUAGCUGGGAUUACAGGUGUGCGCCACCAUGCCUGGCCCAUGGUGAUUGUUUUUUGACAAACACGCCAAUUUAAUUGAGAGAGGAAAUGAAGGUUGAUUUCUGGUUUUCUGAAAAAAUGGUGCUAAGAACAGCUGGAUAUCUGUUCGGAAAACAGUGACUCUUAACUCUUGUUUUACCCUGUAUAAACCUAAAUGUAAAAGCUAAACUAAAAGUUAUAGAAAGGAACAUGGGGGAGGUCUUUGCAACUUUGGGGUAGGCAGAGAUUUCUUAGUAUGGAUACACAAGGCACUAGCCAUGAAGAAAAACAUUAAAAUUUAGACUUCACCAAAAUUUAAAGCUUCAGCUCUUUGGAAGAGUUGAGAAAAUGAAAAAGCAGUUAAAGGGAGAAAAUACUUCUUUCAAAGGACUUAAAAAAAUUUUUCAGCCCUCCUCUGAUUUCAAAGGACCUUUGACCAGAGUAUGUAAAAUUCUCUCAUAACUAAGCAAACAACCUAGUUAACCACCGGGAGAGCAUCCGGACAGGCGUUUCACCAAGAUGGGUGGAAUGGCCACUUAACCACCGGGAGAGCAUCCGGACAGACGUUUCACCAAGAUGGGUGGAAUGGCCAGUUAACCACCGGGAGAGCAUCCGGACAGACGUUUCACCAAGAUGGGUGGAAUGGCCAGUUAACCACCGGGAGAGCAUCGGGACAGACGUUUCACCAAGAUGGGUGGAAUGGCCAGUUAACCACCGGGAGAGCAUCCGGACAGACGUUUCACCAAGAUGGGUGGAAUGGCCAGUUAACCACCGGGAGAGCAUCCGGACAGACGUUUCACCAAGAUGGGUGGAAUGGCCAGUUAACCACUGGGAGAGCAUCCGGACAGACAUUUCACCAAGGUGGAUGGAAUGGCCAGUUAACCACUGGGAGAGCAUCCGGACAGACGUUUCACCAAGGUGGAUGGAAUGGCCAGUUGAGCACAUGGAAAGUCGCCCAGCAUCUCCAGUCAUAGGAGAAGGCAGAUUAAAGCCACGGGGAGCCGACACUGUAGUCCCACUAGCAUGGCUGAAAUUCAGAAGCCCUGAGUGUGGCAUGAGGAUGUGGAACAGCUGGAUCUCAUCCAUCGCUGUGAAGUUGUGUAGCCACUCCACAAACGUGUGGCAAACAGCCAAGCCGGGAGAAGGGAAGACGUGUUCAAAGAUUUAUAUGUGGCCAGGCUCAGUGGCUCAGGCCUGUAAUCCCAGAACUUUAGGGGCCAAGGCUGGGGGAUCGCUUAAGCCCAGGAGUUUGAGACCAGCCUAGGCAACAUAGGGAGACCCCAUCUCAAAAAAAAAGAAAAGGAAAGAAAAGACUUCAGUGUGCAGGUUUACCAGAGCUUUGUUUGCAGUUGCCAAAACUGGGAAGCAGCCCGCGUGAGCCCAUCCACAGAGCCGCAGAGCACACAACAUUGACCUGAAGGGGACAGUCGUGAUCUUUGACGAAGCUCACAACGUGGAGAAGAUGUGUGAAGAAUCGGCAUCCUUUGACCUGACCCCCCAUGACCUGGCUUCAGGACUGGACGUCAUAGACCAGGUGCUGGAGGAGCAGACCAAGGCAGCGCAGCAGGGCGAGCGCCACCCGGAGUUCAGCACGGACUCCCCCAGCCCAGGGCUGAACAUGGAGCUGGAAGACAUUGCAAAGCUGAAGAUGAUCCUGCUGCGCCUGGAGGGGGCCAUCGAUGCUGUUGAGCUGCCUGGAGACGACAGCGGUGUCACCAAGCCAGGGAGCUACAUCUUUGAGCUGUUUGCUGAAGCCCAGAUCACGUUUCAGACCAAGGGCUGCAUCCUGGACUCGCUGGACCAGAUCAUCCAGCACCUGGCAGGACGUGCUGGAGUGUUCACCAACACGGCCGGACUGCAGAAGCUGGCGGACAUUAUCCAGAUUGUGUUCAGUGUGGACCCCUCCGAGGGCAGCCCUGGUUCCCCAGCAGGGCUGGGGGCCUUACAGUCCUAUAAGGUGCACAUCCAUCCUGAUGCUGGUCACCGGAGGACGGCUCAGCGGUCUGAUGCCUGGAGCACCACUGCAGCCAGAAAGCGAGGGAAGGUGCUGAGCUACUGGUGCUUCAGUCCCGGCCACAGCAUGCGUGAGCUGAUCCGCCAGGGCGUCCGCUCCCUCAUCCUUACCAGCGGCACGCUGGCCCCGGUGUCCUCCUUUGCUCUGGAGAUGCAGAUCCCUUUCCCAGUCUGCCUGGAGAACCCACACAUCAUCGACAAGCACCAGAUCUGGGUGGGGGUCGUCCCCAGAGGCCCCGAUGGAGCCCAGUUGAGCUCCGCGUUUGACAGACGGUUUUCCGAGGAGUGCUUAUCCUCCCUGGGGAAGGCUCUGGGCAACAUCGCCCGCGUGGUGCCCUAUGGGCUCCUGAUCUUCUUCCCUUCCUAUCCUGUCAUGGAGAAGAGCCUGGAGUUCUGGCGGGCCCGCGACUUGGCCAGGAAGAUGGAGGCGCUGAAGCCGCUGUUUGUGGAGCCCAGGAGCAAAGGCAGCUUCUCCGAGACCAUCAGUGCUUACUACGCAAGGGUUGCCGCCCCUGGGUCCACCGGCGCCACCUUCCUGGCGGUCUGCCGGGGCAAGGCCAGCGAGGGGCUGGACUUCUCAGACACGAAUGGCCGUGGUGUGAUUGUCACGGGCCUCCCGUACCCCCCACGCAUGGAUCCCCGGGUUGUCCUCAAGAUGCAGUUCCUGGACGAGAUGAAGGGCCAGGGUGGGGCUGGGGGCCAGUUCCUCUCUGGGCAGGAGUGGUACCGGCAGCAGGCGUCCAGGGCUGUGAACCAGGCCAUCGGGCGAGUAAUCCGGCACCGCCAGGACUACGGAGCUGUCUUCCUCUGUGACCACAGGUUCGCCUUUGCCGACGCAAGAGCCCAACUGCCCUCCUGGGUGCGUCCCCACGUCAGGGUGUAUGACAACUUUGGCCAUGUCAUCCGAGACGUGGCCCAGUUCUUCCGUGUUGCCGAGCGAACUAUGCCAGCACCGGCCCCCCGGGCUACAGCACCCAAUGUGCGUGAAGGAGAAGAUGCUGUCAGCGAGGCCAAGUCGCCUGGCCCCCUCUUCUCCACCAGGAAAGCUAAGAGUCUGGACCUGCAUGUCCCCAGCCUGAAGCAGAGGUCCUCAGGGUCACCAGCUGCCGGGGACCCCGAGAGUAGCCUGUGUGUGGAGUAUGAGCAGGAGCCAGUUCCUGCCCGGCAGAGGCCCAGGGGGCUGCUGGCCGCCCUGGAGCACAGCGAACAGCGGGCGGGGAGCCCCGGCGAGGAGCAGGCCCACAGCUGCUCCACCCUGUCCCUCCUGUCUGAGAAGAGGCCGGCAGAAGAACCGCGAGGAGGGAGGAAGAAGAUCCGGCUGGUCAGCCACCCGGAGGAGCCCGUGGCUGGUGCACAGACGGACAGGGCCAAGCUCUUCAUGGUGGCCGUGAAGCAGGAGCUGAGCCAAGCCAACUUUGCCACCUUCACCCAGGCCCUGCAGGACUACAAGGGUUCCGAUGACUUCGCCGCCCUGGCCGCCUGUCUCGGCCCCCUCUUUGCUGAGGACCCCAAGAAGCACAACCUGCUCCAAGGCUUCUACCAGUUUGUGCGGCCUCACCAUAAGCAGCAGUUUGAGGAGGUCUGUGUCCAGCUAACAGGACGAGGCUGCGGCUAUCGGCCUGAGCACAGCAUUCCCCGAAGGCAGCGGGCACAGCCGGUCCUGGACCCCACUGGAAGGACGGCGCCGGAUCCCAAGCUGACCGUGUCCAAGGCUGCAGCCCAGCAGCUGGACCCCCAAGAGCACCUGAACCAGGGCAGGCCCCACCUGUCGCCCAGGCCACCCCCCACAGGAGACCCUGGCAGCCACCCACAGUGGGGGUCCGGAGUGCCCAGAGCAGGGAAGCAGGGCCAGCGCGCCGUGAGCACCUACCUGGCUGAUGCCCGCAGGGCCCUGGGGUCCGCAGGCUGUAGCCAACUCUUGGCAGCGCUGACAGCCUAUAAGCAAGACGACGACCUCGACAAGGUGCUGGCUGUGUUGGCCGCCCUGACCACUGCAAAGCCGGAGGACUUCCCCCUGCUGCACAGGUUCAGCAUGUUUGUGCGUCCACACCACAAGCAGCGCUUCUCACAGACAUGCACAGACCUGACCGGCCGGCCCUACCCGGGCAUGGAGCCACCGGGACCCCAGGAGGAGAGGCUUGCCAUGCCUCCUGUGCUUACCCACGGGGCUCCCCAACCAGGCCCCUCACGGUCCGAGAAGACCGGGAAGACCCAGAGCAAGAUCUCGUCCUUCCUUAGACAGAGGCCAGCAGGGACUGUGGGGGCGGGCGGUGAGGAUGCAGGUCCCAGCCAGUCCUCAGGACCUCCCCACGGGCCUGCAGCAUCUGAGUGGGCAAGGACCAUGAGGGCGCUGGAGGGGCCAGGCCUGUCGCUGCUGUGCCUGGUGUUGGCGCUGCCCGCCCUGCUGCUGGUGCCGGCUGUACGCGGAGUCGCAGAAACACCCACCUACCCCUGGCGGGACGCAGAGACAGGGGAGUGGCUGGUGUGCGCCCAGUGCCCCCCAGGUACCUUUGUGCAGCGGCCGUGCCGCCGAGACAGCCCCACGACGUGUGGCCCGUGUCCCCCGCGCCACUACACGCAGUUCUGGAACUACCUGGAGCGCUGCCGCUACUGCAACGUCCUCUGCGGGGAGCGUGAGGAAGAGGCUCGGGCUUGCCACGCCACCCACAACCGCGCCUGCCGCUGCCGCGCCGGCUUCUUCGCGCACGCUGGUUUCUGCUUGGAACACGCAUCGUGUCCACCUGGUGCCGGCGUGAUUGCCCCGGGCACCCCCAGCCAGAACACGCAGUGCCAGCCGUGCCCCCCAGGCACCUUCUCAGCCAGCAGCUCCAGCUCAGAGCAGUGCCAGCCUCACCGCAACUGCACGGCCCUGGGCCUGGCCCUCAAUGUGCCAGGGUCUUCCUCCCAUGACACCCUGUGCACCAGCUGCACUGGCUCCCCCCUCAGCACCAGGGUGCCAGGAGCUGAGGAGUGUGAGCGUGCUGUCAUCGACUUUGUGGCUUUCCAGGACAUCUCCAUCAAGAGGCUGCAGCGGCUGCUGCAGGCCCUUGAGGCCCCGGAGGGCUGGGGUCCGACACCAAGGGCGGGCCGCGCGGCCUUGCAGCUGAAGCUGCGUCGGCGGCUCACAGAGCUCCUGGAGGCGCAGGACGGGGCGCUGCUGGUGCGGCUGCUGCAGGCGCUGCGCGUGGCCAGGAUGCCCGGGCUGGAGCGGAGCGUCCGUGAGCGCUUCCUCCCUGUGCGCUGAUCCUGGCCCCCUCGCCCCCACUUAUUUAUUCUACAUCCUUGGCACCCCACUUGCACUAAAAGAGGCUUUUUUUAAAUAGAAGAAA